AUGUCAAACUUCCUCUGGAAACUGCAAAAAUCUGGUAGUCGCAUUGGUCCAAUGAGCUCGCCAGCGAUCAAGAAGGCUCUGGCAGCUUUACUACGCGAUCCAAAUAACAGCACAUGUGCCGAUUGCAAGACUGCAGGCCACCCUAGAUGGGCUUCAUGGUCUCUAGGUGUCUUUAUAUGUAUAAAGUGCGCUGGGAUUCACCGCUCUUUGGGCACGCAUAUCUCAAAGGUCAAAUCGGUGGACCUGGAUACCUGGCAGGAGGAGCACAUGCGCAAAGUGGUUGAGUUCGGGAACAACGCUGCCGCAAACGCGGUUUACGAGUGCAAACUGUCAGGAAAUCACACGCCUGAAGCGUCCAAGAUCGCUGACUUCAUAAGGAACAAAUAUGAGCUAAAGAAGUGGAUUGGCAACGCCGCUGAGGUUUCUGCUCCUCCAUCGCGCCCAAAAACGGUCGAGAAGAAGCCACAGGUCGCGCAGCAAGCGCACGGAUCGCAGACUUCCCUCGUUUCACAGACCAGCAGUGCCCCAAGCCGAUCCGCAACCUCAUCGCAAGUCGACUUGAACCUGGCGUCUCCAUCAGUGGCCUCGAGAACCACCUUGAAUGCAGCUGCGAGGGAGCCAAGCGGCAGGCCGGACCUCAAGAAAUCGAUAUUGUCGCUGUACUCGAGGCCCCGGACUUCAACAGCCAGCGUCGCCAGCGGAGCCAGCAACGCGAGCUUCUCGAGCUCCACGGGAACGCCAAGUAUCGCGAGCAACUCCACCCCGGCCGCAGGCUACCCGCUGCCGGGCGCUAGCUUCUCACUGCCCGCCCAGACCAACACCACAUCCAGCGCGUCGCUAGAGGACAACGACUUGUUCAAGAAUGUGUGGUCGUGA